UUGGCUUAGGGGUGUGGCUUGCUCUAUUCCGGCGCUCUUAUUGGCCGUUCUCAGCAGUCCGGGGUGGGUCCGCGCCGGGGGCCCGGGGAGGACAACAAAGGGCGGUGGGCGGCGGGCCGCAGCGUCCGCGUCUUCAGGUGGUCUGGUCAGGUCCGGCGCUGGCGUCGCGCCCGCCCGCUCCAGAUGAAGUGUGAGCACUGCACGCGGAAGGAAUGCAUUAAAAAAACAAAAACCGAUGACCAAGAGAAUGUGUCGGAGGAGGCACCGAGUCCCGCCCAGGAUAAUGGAGAGAAGGGAGAAUUCCAUAAGUUGGCCGAUGCCAAGAUAUUUCUGAGUGACUGCCUGGCAUGUGACAGCUGCCUGACUGCAGAGGAGGGAGUCCAGCUUUCCCAGCAGAAUGCCAAGGACUUCUUCCGUGUUCUGAACCUUAAUAAGAAAUGUGAUACCUCAAAGCACAAAGUGCUGGUAGUGUCUGUGUGUCCUCAGUCUUUGCCUUAUUUUGCUGCUAAAUUCAAUCUCAGUGUAACUGAUGCAUCCAGAAGGCUCUGUGGCUUCCUCAAAAGUCUUGGGGUGCACUACGUAUUCGAUACGACCAUAGCUGUGGAUUUUAGUAUCCUCGAGAGUCAAAAAGAAUUUGUGCGUCGCUAUCACCAGCACAGCGAGGAGGCGCACACGCUACCCAUGCUGACCUCUGCCUGUCCUGGCUGGGUCCGCUACGCGGAGCGGGUGCUGGGCCGCCCUGUCACCCCCCACCUGUGCACUGCCAAGUCCCCCCAGCAGGUCAUGGGCUCUUUGGUGAAGGAUUAUUUCGCCCGACAGCAGAACCUGUCUCCAGAGAAGAUCUUCCAUGUCAUCGUGGCCCCUUGCUACGACAGGAAGCUGGAGGCCCUUCGAGAAGGCUUUUCCUCUGCCUCACACAGUUCCCGGGGUGCUGAUUGUGUGUUAACAUCAGGUGAAGUUGCUCAAAUGAUGGAGCAAAGUGACCUCUCAGUGCAAGAUGCCACCGUUGACACUCUGUUUGGAGACUCGAAGGAGGAGAGAGUGACACGCCACGACGGAGCCAGCUCGGACGGGCACCUGGCGCACGUCUUCAGACACGCGGCCAAGGAGCUGUUCGAUGAGGACGUGGAGGAAGUCACUUACCGAGCCCUGAGAAACAAAGACUUCCAAGAGGUCACCCUUGAAAAGAACGGGCAGGUUUUGCUACGCUUUGCCGCUGCAUACGGCUUUCGGAACAUCCAGAACAUGAUCCUGAAGCUUAAGAAGGGCGCGUUGCCCUACCACUUCGUGGAGGUCCUCGCGUGCCCUGGAGGAUGCUUAAACGGCAGAGGCCAAGCCCAGACCCGGGACGGCCGCGUGGACAAGGCCCUGCUGCGGCAGAUGGAAGGCAUCUACUCCGACAUCCCCGUGCGGCCCCCGGAGACCAGCGCGCACGUGCAGGAGCUGUACCAGCAGUGGCUGGAGGGGGUCGACUCCCCCAAGGCCCAGGAGACGCUGCACACCACGUUCCAGAGCCCGGAGCCCUGCGCACACGGCCUGGACAUCAGGUGGUAGAGAGCCGGGCAGGGCGUCGCUGUGGGAGGAGGGCUGCUGUGUGUGGAGUAUUAAAGACACUUAAAGGAAACAACGCAGCGGGUGGCCUUGGUUUCUCAGAGGUCUGUGCUGCACCGUUACCAGAGGCCCCUCGUGCAGUUCCACAUGGUGCCAUCUUCCUCAAGUGUGUGGGAUUUGAAUGUUUUCACAUGAGAGGACUUCCCCAACCUCAGUAUCUUUUUAUCCCAAGAUUGUGGAAAAAAUCCCAAAGAGUGAGAACAGAGAUGGAUUACUGUGUUUUAGGUUUUAAAAACAAUCCAAAAAGUGUCCUGUGAGGAGCCAGGCCCCCAGAGGUCACAUGCCCUGGUCAAAUGCCUCAGAGGUCACAUGACCUGGGCGUGAAGGCAGAGGGCGGGAUAGGGCCCAGGGACACCGGCAGCCUCGGGCCUCCAGGGCAUGGUCCUAGCUUCCUUGUCCUUUCUGGGUUUUAUUUUUACCCACUGUGUUACCUUAUAAAGGUUUUUGCCAGAAUGAAUAAAUAGCCAACUUUUAGAAUCAA